GUCCAGGGAAACUCACGACACCAGCUACAGCCGGACCCCCCCUGCACAGUUCUGGUCAAAUGUCUUCGGAAACCCAUUCGCAUCGCCGCGAACAGGACCACCACCACCACGACGGCGAUCACCACCACCACGAUGAAUCCGCAGGAGCAGCUUCGUGGGUGGGACCGGACGGGAGGGUGUAUCACAGCCACGACGGCCUCGCGCCUCACUCCCACGAGCCCAUUUACUCGCCGGGCUUCUUCCCCAAGCGAGCCCCGCCGAUCCUCUCCAGGGAUUUCAACGAGCGGGCCUUCACUGUCGGCAUUGGAGGACCUGUCGGUACUGGGAAAACGGCUUUGAUGCUGGCUCUGUGUCAAUUCUUGAGAGAUAAAUACAGUCUUGCUGCGGUGACAAAUGAUAUCUUCACAAAAGAGGAUGGUGAGUUCUUGGUAAAGCAUGGGGCACUUCCUGAGGAAAGGAUACGGGCAGUGGAAACAGGAGGAUGCCCACAUGCGGCAAUUCGUGAAGACAUCAGUAUUAAUUUGGGCCCUCUUGAGGAGCUUUCGAACCUGUACAAGGCAGACAUAUUGCUCUGUGAAUCUGGGGGAGAUAAUUUAGCUGCGAACUUCAGCAGAGAACUGGCAGACUUCAUCAUAUACAUCAUCGAUGUUUCUGCCGGUGAUAAAAUCCCUCGCAAAGGAGGCCCGGGCAUCACCCAAGCUGAUCUCCUGGUGAUAAACAAAACGGACCUUGCACUAGCUGUUGGAGCUGACUUGGGUGUGAUGGAGCGAGAUGCACUUCGGAUGCGAGAUGGAGGACCCUUUGUCUUUGCACAGGUGAAGCAUGGCCGGGGAGUCGAGGAAAUCGUUAAUCACGUCUUGCAGGCAUGGGAGGUCGCCACAGGGAAAAAGCGAUACUGAUCCUGCCAUCUAGUAGUCCCAACUGGUUUUCCUUUCCUAUUUUGCAUGCACCGGAACGGGUCAUAUGUGUUGUGCCUCUAGCUGUUCACUGAAAGUUACCAGGCGAGUAUGAAACUUAAUAAAUUGGUUUCGGACAAUGCAGAUAAUAGACUCAUAUUCA